GAAUAAAAAUGUGUGUCUCAUCUUCCCCCAUCCUCCUAUAUCUUACGAUCUGUUUAGGUGAAAUAAAUUAACAAUUAUAUUUUGGCCGAAGAAACACUACACGCGAUUGCUCAACCAACUGUUUGUGUCCGAAACAGUGUCCCGUAAAUUCUUACCCACUCAGUAGAAUAACUGACGACCGAAAGCAAACAACUAUGAAGUAAAGUUGCUACAGGAGGCGUACCGACGCAGGUCACAUCAGUACAUAGAGUUCAACGCGAAAAAGGCGACGCAAAGAAGUUGUGUCGUGCGGGCUUUAUCUUUAUAUUUAGUGGAACGUUGUUCAAAUUCGUCAUAAACUGAAAAACGUGUCUCUGAAUUUAAAUGCUCUUUAAAAAGGCUUUGAGUUUUUUCAGAAAUUAUUAUUCAGUUUCAUUAGAACUAAAAUUAAACAGACAAUUUAAAAAAAUAUUUUCCAUUUACAAUUUAAGUCAGGGUCUGUUGUAUAAGUGCGAUGCCAAACGAAAGUGACUAUCCUGCUGUAUUAGAACAACUAAUCGAAGAGUCGUUAGGAGACAGAUGUUUCAACUUAACACAAGAUUAUGUCAUAGAAGACGCUGGUAGCGCAUAUGAUAGCGACUACUACAAUGACGAAUAUCUCGAUUACAGUGGCAACCAGCAACCACCUGCAGAUUGCUUUUUUCUACAGACAAAACCAGAAGAAGUCCACCAAACAAUGUGCAAAUACAUGAAAUACAAGGAACAAUGCGAAAAAAGCCUUAACGAAACAUUGAAAAACUUUGAAAACCAAACGUUCUGUCCUGGUUUCUUUGAUAGACAAAUAUGUUGGCCUCAUACUCCAGCUGGACAGCUAUCCACUGAACCUUGUCCUUCCUAUAUUGAAUGGAGAAAUGAAUCGCUUGUUGCGUAUCGAUUUUGUGAAUUCGAUGGUUCUUGGAUGGUUCGAAAUGACACAGGACAAAGUGUUCAGUGGGUGAACAGAAUACAAUGUGAUGUGGCAACAAAUGGACUUCAAUACGAGCUUGGACCACUUGAGGGGGGACCAAAACACAACGAUAUUUUUGACGUAGUAAUAAAGAUAUACACGGCGGGCUACAUCUUUUCCCUUGUGUGCAUGGUCAUUGCAUUAUUCAUUCUAAUGUUUUUCAAAAAGCUUCAUUGCACCAGAAACUAUAUCCACAUGAACCUAAUGUUAUCAUUCAUCGUUCGCUACGUGGCAGUCAUGGUUAAAGACAAAGUACUAGAAGAUCAUUACGCCGUUGGUCAAACCAACCUUACCCAAAUGGAAAUGUCGCAAUAUUGUGACGAUGUGGCUGGAACUGAUGGACUAAUGGUCAGCUGUCGACUAGUAAUAACUUUAAUGCAUUAUGCCAUAAUUGCCAAUUACUUCUGGUUGUUGGUUGAAGGCGUAUAUCUUCAGUUACUACUAGUGUUUGUGAUGACGGAAUACAAAUACUUUCCAAUAUUUAUGGCAUUCGGAUGGGGCGCUCCUUGGAUACCGAUUGGCAUAUGGGUCGCUUUUCGGAUAACGUUUGAAAAUGUUGGGUGCUGGGAAAUCUACAACGCUUUACGAACUUGGUGGAUACUGAGUGCCCCAAUUCUCAUAUCAAUUGCUAUCAAUUUUAUAAUUUUCAUCAACAUUAUACGAAUGAUCGUAUCCAAGCUGAGGGCAAACAACAUGACGAGAUCGGAUUACAAAUAUCGGCUUGCUCGUUCCACACUUGCCCUUAUUCCUUUACUUGGCAUUCAUUACAUUAUAUUUAUGGGCGUCAGUGACUCGGUAACAAACAGUACUAUCACAAAAACAAAGUUUGCAUUUGAACUCAUACUAACGUCGUUGCAGGGGAGUAUUAUCGCCAUCCUAUAUUGUUUUCUUAACGGAGAAGUUCAAACCGAGAUUCGAAAAUGUUGGCGAAACUGGCGUUGGAGUCACAGAUUACCAGCAGCGUCGGGAAAGUUCUCUACAUAUCGUAGCGACGUCCAGAUGACGUCAAUUACUUACGCACAUUCCAUUGACAAAGGUGACGCACAUGAAACGUCACUGUUAUCACCCAACAAUAAACAUGACCAUGUUGAUAAUAAACGCAGCUCUACCGCUAGCUGUGUCAGUGAUCAGCAAACGAAGAUAGGCGAUUCUUCACGGUUGAUGUGUAACGGGAACGGUUCACCGAGUAAACAACUAGUUGUGUAAAGUGUAUCUUUAUUCACCUUUAUAUUCAAGUUUUCAGUUGAUAAAAAUAUCAACUUAUGUUCUGUUUCACAACAAAGUUGUUAAUUGUUGCAAUUAACAAAUACCCGACGGGAAUGUUCCGAGAGUUUCAAUAGUUCCAGCAACUUGAAUUCACUUGUAGUAGGGUGGGAUAAACUAGUACUUUUGAGUUUUUAAAAACCAUUUUCUUUUUCUACACUUAAAACCUGUCAUAUAUUUUAAAUAUUUAAGUGUUGGGCAAUAUUAGAUUAAGCCUUAAGGCUUCCAGCUCGUACCCCAUCCUACUAUGUUAUUUUUAUUUAUUUUUACAAUGCACACCAGCCAUGUAUACGUUUCUUCUAACUUAUAAAACAAAAUUUAAAGUUUAGUUCCUAUUUUUAAUAUCAGUGAUAACAUCUAAGACUUGAAAUAAUAACAACAUCGCCAAUACGUUUACAUUUUGGGAAUAUCACAAGCUACCUCAUGGAAUAAAACGCCAACCGAACCCUUUUUUCAAAUGAAAUGAAUUUGGCGCUUAAAUAGAUGAUAAGCUCUCUACAUAUUAAUUUGUACAUAGGAACGUUUUGGUGUGGUAAUUUAAACUGUAGUAAAUUAUUGUAUUACAUUGG